AUGAAACCUAUACACCUUACUGGACCGAAAAAGUACUCACUGUAUGGUGUGCCUUCGAAAACUGCUGAGAUGUUGGAGGAAGGGGAGGAUGAAAACAUUGAAAGAGAGGAUGACGAUUUUGUCGAGGAGAUACCUCUUGAAGAGAAGGUCGGUCAUGGCCACCAUCCGGAUCCAGCAUUCACAGUGAAAGUGCCCGACUUUAAUGGUGAGGAGCUUCUUAUGAAUGAAAAAGUUCGCAUUCCAGGUAUCUGCAUGGAUAAGGAAGAAGACGUGUCGGGCACCGGACCAAUUGCUCUACUGUUCUGA